GCUGCUUGUCAGUUUGACAGGCUUCAAUUCGGAUUAGUGAUCCCUUUCCUGUCAUCAUCGGUCGUUUUCUGCCGUCCCAAUUCCGUCUCUCUCACCUUCCCGAAGAAAAGAACACCUCUCGUCUUGCACGGUGGUGUCCAUCUGGUGAAUCGUGCAUCCUCUCAUCCUCGCCCUCAAAGCUGUUUGACGCCUCACAGCAUUAAAAUCAUACAAACUUUAUUUACUCCUCUACCUCUCUCCAUUGCGCUCGAAUCUCCGCCCUCCUCUAUCCGUCUAAUCCUUACACAUAAUCACGAGAACCCCACGAGCGACUUCUACACCACAUCUUCAUCAUGAGGCCCGAAGUUGAGCAGGAGCUCGCCCACACGCUCCUUGUUGAGCUUCUUGCAUAUCAGUUUGCUUCCCCUGUGAGAUGGAUCGAGACCCAGGAUGUUAUCCUCGCCGAGAAGAGAACAGAGCGUAUUGUCGAGAUUGGCCCGGCCGAUACUCUCGGGGGAAUGGCAAGGCGCACAAUCGCCUCGAAAUACGAAGCCUAUGACGCCGCAACAUCCGUCCAGCGACAGAUUCUCUGCUACAACAAGGACGCGAAGGAGAUCUAUUACGAUGUUGACCCUGUGGAGGAAGAACCGGAGGCCCCCGUCGCUGACUCCACACCGGCUCCGGCAGCUGUUGCUGCCAUUCCUGCACAGGCUGCUGCCUCUGCACCAUCACCCCCACCACCAAGUGCCGGGCCUGCUGCGGCAGUCGCUGAUGCUCCAGUCUCGGCCCUUGACAUAGUGAGAGCUUUGGUGGCACAAAAGUUGAAGAAAGCUCUCCUCGACAUUCCACCUACCAAGGCCAUCAAGGAUUUGGUUGGAGGUAAAUCUACUCUUCAGAACGAGAUCCUUGGUGACCUAGGCAAAGAAUUUGGCUCGACGCCAGAGAGACCAGAAGAUACCCCAAUAGAUGAGCUCUCUUCUGCACUCCAGGCCACAUUCAAUGGUCAGCUUGGCAAGCAAUCCACCUCACUCGUGGCCAGAUUGGUGUCUUCAAAGAUGCCUGGUGGAUUCAAUAUCACUGCCGUCCGGAAAUAUCUCGAGACCAGAUGGGGACUGGGACAAGGCCGCCAGGAUGGCGUCUUGCUGCUUGCACUAACCAUGGAGCCUGCUUUGCGUCUCGGCUCAGAAAAAGACGCGAAAGCAUAUCUCGAUGACGUCGCCAACAAAUACGCCUCGAUCCAGGGCAUCAGCCUUUCCACUGCCAGCGCCGGUAACGAUUCCGCCGCUGGAGCCGGUGGAAUGAUGAUGGAUCCCGCCGCUAUCGAUGCGUUGACCAAAGAUCAGAGAGCGCUCUUCAAGCAGCAACUCGAAAUUAUAGCGCGCUAUUUGAAGAUGGAUCUACGGGCGGGUGACAAGGCGCAUCUUGCUUCACAACAGUAUCAAUCUACCCUUCACGCUCAGUUGGAUCUGUGGCAAGCUGAGCAUGGCGAUAUUUAUGCCUCCGGCAUCCAACCAUCUUUCGACCCCUUGAAGGCACGUGUUUAUGAUUCAUCCUGGAACUGGGCACGGCAAGACGCUCUUAACAUGUAUUUUGACAUCAUCUUCGGCCGCCUGAAGGUUGUGGAUCGAGAAAUCGUCAGCCAAUGUAUCCGCAUCAUGAAUCGUUCCAACCCCCUCCUUCUCGAUUUCAUGCAGUAUCACAUUGAUCACUGCCCGACGGAACGCGGCGAGACGUACAAAUUGGCAAAAGAACUCGGGCAGCAGCUCAUUGAGAACUGCAAAGAAGUCCUGAAUGCGGACCCGGUUUACAAGGAUGUUGCGAUCCCAACCGGCCCACAGACUAUUAUUGACUCCCGCGGUAACAUCAAUUAUGAAGAAGUCCCUCGUCCAAGCGUCCGGAAACUUGAACAUUAUGUAGCGCAGAUGGCUGAAGGUGGUCCGAUCACCGAAUAUAGCAAUCGCACAAAGGUCCAGAAUGACCUGCGGAAUGUGUACAAACUCAUCCGCAAGCAGCACAAAUUAUCCAAGUCAUCUCAGCUUCAAUUCAAUGCUUUAUACCGGGAGGUUCUUCGUGCCUUGGCCAUGAAUGAAAAUCAGAUCAUCCCUCCGGAGAAUGGGCACUCAAAGAAAGGCAACCGCAGUGGCUCGCGCUCGCCAGUUAAUGGAGGGCCCACGAAACCGGGCAAGAUUGAGACGAUUCCUUUCCUGCAUUUGAGGAGGAAGAAGGCUCACGGUUGGGAAUAUAGUAAGAAGCUAACCGGCGUUUACCUUGAUGGAUUGGAGUCUGCUGCUCGUUCUGGCCUUACUUUUAGUGGGAAAAAUGCACUGAUUACCGGUGCUGGUGCUGGUUCCAUCGGUGCAGCACUGCUUCAAGGUUUAAUCAGUGGCGGAGCUAAGGUUGUCGUCACAACCAGUCGCUUCAGCCGUGAGGUCACAGAAUAUUACCAGGCAAUGUACACCCGCUACGGCGCUCGAGGUUCUCAAUUGGUGGUCGUUCCUUUCAACCAGGGCAGUAAGCAAGACGUUGAGGCUCUAGUGGACUAUGUCUACGACACAAAGAAUGGUUUGGGCUGGGACCUUGAUAUCAUCGUGCCGUUUGCCGCCAUUUCGGAGAAUGGACGCGAAAUCGAUAGCAUCGAUUCCAAGUCAGAAUUGGCGCACCGUCUCAUGUUGACGAAUAUUUACCGCUUGAUCGGUUCCGUCAAGACGCAGAAACAAGAACGAGGAUUCUCCACACGUCCCGCACAGGUUAUUUUACCCCUUUCGCCUAACCAUGGAAUUUUUGGAAACGACGGUCUCUACUCUGAGUCCAAGUUGGGCUUGGAAACCCUGUUCAAUCGCUGGUACUCUGAGAAUUGGGCUGAUUAUCUCACCAUUUGUGGUGCUGUGAUCGGAUGGACACGUUCCACCGGUAUCAUGAACGCGAACGACACGAUCGCUGAAGGCGUUGAGAAGCUUGGUGUUCGAACAUUCUCGCAGCAAGAAAUGGCCUUCAAUUUAUUGGGAUUGAUGGCACCUGCUAUCGUCGAUCUCUGCCAGAGCAACCCCGUGUUUGCAGAUUUGAACGGUGGUUUCCAAUGCAUUCCCGACCUGAACGCCCUUAUGGGCAAACUCCGAAGCGAGAUGAUUGAGACAAGCGCCGUCCGGCAGGCAGUUAUCAAAGAGACCGCCUUGGAGAACAAGGUCGUCAACGGCGAGGACAGCGAAGCUCUUUACAAGAAGGUUGUGACCGAACCCAGAGCUAAUAUCAAGUUUGAAUUCCCAGCUCUGCCAGAAUGGAAGGAUUUGGAGCCAAUCAACCAGGACCUCAAGGGCAUGGUCAACUUGGACAAAGUUGUCGUCGUGACCGGUUUCGCUGAAAUCGGUCCAUGGGGUAACUCCAGAACGCGUUGGGAGAUGGAGGCCUAUGGCAGGUUCUCUUUGGAAGGAUGUGUCGAAAUGGCUUGGAUUAUGGGCCUUAUCAAGAAUCAUAACGGACCUAUCAAGGGACAGCCAUACUCCGGAUGGGUUGACGCGAAGACCGGUGAGCCGGUGAGUGACAAGGACGUCAAGGCUAAGUAUGAAAAAUACAUCCUUGAACACUCCGGUAUCCGCCUCAUCGAACCUGAACUCUUCGAAGGCUACGAUCCGAAUAAGAAGCAACUUCUUGAGGAAGUCGUUCUCCAGGAGGAUCUAGAAACCUUUGAGGCUUCCAAGGAGACCGCUGAAGAAUUCAAGCGCGAGCACGGCGACAAGGUCGAAAUUUUUGAGAUCCAGGAGUCCGGCGAAUAUACGGUCCGCUUGCUCAAGGGCGCGACCCUCCUCAUCCCCAAGGCCUUGAAAUUCGACCGUCUUGUUGCAGGUCAGAUCCCAACUGGAUGGAAUCCCAAGAAUUACGGCAUUCCCGAUGAUAUUAUCAGCCAGGUCGACCCCGUUACCCUGUACGUUCUGGUGUGCACAGUCGAGACCCUCCUCGCCUCCGGAAUUACGGAUCCCUAUGAAUUCUACAAAUAUGUCCAUGUUUCUGAACUUGGUAACUGCAUUGGCUCCGGCAUUGGUGGUUCCCGGGCUCUCAGGGGCAUGUACAAGGAUCGCUACCUGGAUAAGGCUCUUCAGAAGGACAUUCUCCAAGAGUCUUUCAUCAAUACUAUGAGCGCAUGGGUAAACAUGUUGCUUCUCUCCUCCAGCGGUCCAAUCAAGACUCCAGUCGGUGCUUGUGCAACUGCUGUCGAGUCCAUUGACAUUGGUUACGAGACCAUUGUUGAAGGCAAGGCUCGAGUCUGCUUCGUCGGUGGGUUCGACGACUUCCAGGAAGAAGGGUCGUACGAAUUCGCCAACAUGAAAGCCACAAGCAACGCUGAAUCUGAAUUUGCUCUUGGAAGAACUCCCCAAGAGAUGUCUCGCCCCACCACCACAACUCGUGCCGGUUUCAUGGAAUCCCAGGGAUGUGGCAUGCAGCUAAUCAUGAGUGCACAGCUUGCUCUGGAUAUGGGUGUCCCUAUCUACGGCAUCCUUGCCCUGACCACCACGGCUACUGACAAGAUUGGUCGAUCUGUGCCUGCUCCAGGCCAGGGUGUUUUGACCACCGCUCGAGAGAACCCCGGCAAGUUCCCGUCACCACUUCUGGAUAUCAAGUACCGUCGACGACAACUCGAACUUCGACGUACGCAAAUCAAGCAGUGGCAAGAGUCGGAACUCCUCUAUCUCCAGGAGGAAGUCGACGCGAUGAAGGCACAGGCUACUGAGCCGUUCAACGAGAAGGAGUAUCUGCAAGAGCGUGUGGAGCAUAUCCAGCGCGAGGCGAUUCGACAAGAGAAGGAUGCUCAAUUUGCCCUUGGCAACAAUUUCUGGAAGCAAGAUUCUCGGAUCGCUCCACUUCGUGGAGCUCUUGCAACUUGGGGCCUUACGAUUGACGAUUUGGAUGUCGCUUCGUUCCAUGGAACAUCUACCGUCGCCAACGAUAAGAAUGAGUGCGACGUCUUGUGCAAGCAGAUGCAGCACCUCGGUAGAAAGAAGGGCAACGCUCUUCUUGGUAUCUUCCAGAAGUACCUGACUGGUCAUCCAAAGGGUGCUGCUGGUGGCUUUAUGUUCAACGGCUGCUUACAGGUUUUGAAUUCCGGUCUUGUUCCCGGUAACCGAAACGCGGACAAUAUCGACAAGAUUAUGGAGAAGUUCGACUACGUCGUGUACCCCAGUCGAAGCAUUCAAACCGAUGGCAUCAAGGCAUUCUCCGUAACGUCGUUUGGCUUCGGCCAAAAGGGUGCUCAGGCCAUUGGUAUCCACCCCAAGUACCUUUUCGCCGCCCUAGACCAGGCUCAAUACGCUGCGUACAAAGUGAAGGUUGAGGCCCGACAGAAGAAGGCGUAUAGAUACUUCCACAACGGCUUGAUCAACAACAGCCUGUUUGUUGCCAAGGACAAAUCGCCAUACGAUGAUACUCUCGAGUCGAAGGUUCUUCUGAAUCCGGAUGCUCGUGUGGCUUUGAACGAGAAAACGUCGCAGUUGACUUACCCAACCAAGGCUCCUGUACACAAGACAGAUCAGAACACCAAGGACAUGGUCGAGUAUUUGGCCAAGGCUACAGUGACAGCCAACACACGCGUUGGCGUUGAUGUCGAAAGCAUCGAAGCGAUUAACCUCGAGAACGACACGUUCAUUCAGCGCAACUUCACUGAAGCCGAGCAGAAGUACUGCCGUCAAGCCGCUUCACCCCAAGCGUCCUUCGCGGGGCGGUGGAGUGCAAAGGAGGCGGUGUUCAAGUCCCUUGGCGUAUGUGGAAAAGGUGCUGGAGCAGCAUUGAAGGAUAUUGAAAUCAUCAACGAUACCAACGGAACCCCUGUUGUCACGCUCCACGGUGAUGCCGCGGCGGCCGCUAAGCAGGCUGGAGUGGUAGGCGUUACUGUCAGCAUUAGCCACAGUGAUUCUCAGGCUGUAGCUGUCGCACAGGCUACUGUCAACUAA